UAAUUUGCCUAAUCUAAAUAUAUUAGCUUUAUAUAGAUGGUGCAUACUGCAUACGAAUGCUCAUAUGUACAAUAAAUAUAUUUUUAAUACGCAUGCUUUGCUAUUAUUAACUCAAAUUAGUCAACGAGAGAGAGGAAGAUGUGUUCGUUGGAGAAGCGUGAUCGACUUUUCUUGCUCACGCUUACCGGCGACGGCGAACACCGUCUCAACCCCACUUUACUCGACAGCAUCCGCUCCGCCGUCAACCAAAUCCGUUCCGAUCCAUCGUCUUUAAAAUCAGUUCUCAUCACAACAUCACACGGAAAAUUCUUCUCAAACGGCUACGAUCUCGCCUUAGCCAAAUCAGAUCCGUCUCUCCCUUUCAUUAUGGACGCGAAACUCCGAUCCUUGGUCGCCGAUCUCAUCUCUCUUCCUAUGCCGACGAUCGCCGCCGUCACCGGUCACGCCUCCGCCGCGGGAUUUAUUUUCGCGAUGAGUCACGACUAUAUAUUGAUGCGUCGCGAUAGAGGAUUUCUGUAUAUGAGUGAAUUGGAUAUCGAGCUUAAAGUACCGUUAUGGUUUAUGGCUGUGAUUCAGAAGAGAAUUGGAUCUCCGGCGGCGAGAAGAGAUGUGAUGUUGACGGCGGCGAAAGUGACGGCGGAUAAAGGUUUGGAGAUGGGGAUUGUGGAUACCGUUCACAGUAGUGCGACGGAGACUGUUGAAGCCACCGUUAGGUUAGGAGAGGAGAUAGUUAAGCGAGGAUCUGAUGGACACGUGUACGGUAAGAUGAGAGAGACUCUUUUCAGAGAGGUUCUUCAUUCGAUUGGUUAAGAUGAGAGUGCUCCCAGUGGGUUACUCAACACUGGAUCGAAGCUGUAAAUAGUAAACGGCUCCUACGAAUUGAUAGAAAUAAAAUUUAAUUAUUUCAUAAA